CGGUGGUGGCUUUAAGGUGACGCCAACGUCUCGGCCAACGGCUUUGGUCAACCCCAACCUCUUGGUCAUCGUUGACCAACGUCAACCGAGGCCUCGGAUGACGUCUUAGGCCAACGUGGUGGCCAAUAUGGAGGUCUUGGCCAACAUGGAGGUCUUGGCCAUGGUCUUAGGGUGGUUCCCCCCCCCUCCCCAAAUCACCUCUCGUUAGCCUUGACGAAGCCGGAGGACGUUCCUGCCAACGCCGAGCUCUUGUUCCUGGAGGGACAAAGGCGUUACGUCUCUAUGGUAGCCAAGCGGAAGGAGCAUUAAGGAGUGUUGAGAAGGCGGAACUUCCGGCUUCCGUCACGGGAGCGGCGGCGGCUCGCAGGGCCGGAGGCGCCAUGGAGUUCCCCGGUGGCAGCGACAACUACUUGGCGAUCACCGGAGCAGCUCAUCCGUUCCUCACUGGAGCCGAGACGUUCCACACUCCGAGCCUGGGGGACGAGGAGUUCGAGCUGCCGCCCAUCGCGUUGGAAGGCGAUCCCUCGUUGGCCGUCGCCGAUGUCGUCGGCCACUUUGAGGAUUUGGGAGAGACGGGAGGAGGAGGAUCGGAUCCCCCUUUUCCACCUCCUCCAUACGGAGUGCAGAGCCUGGAAAUGCCAGUGGGAAUCGGCCAUGGAUUGAUGGAGCAAGGAGGAGGGCUGCUGGCCGGAGGCUUGGCCAUGGAGCUGGACCCUCCGAUGGGGGCUCAGUACAGCGCCGCGCCCCCCGUCACCAUCGACGUCCCCCUCGGAGCUCUGAGCCCGGGCGGUUUGUUGGCUCCUGGUCAACUCACCACUAUCGACCAAUCGGAACUCAGCUCCCAACUGGGACUCAGUUUGGGAACGCCGAGCGGCGCCACCGCCGCCGCCGCCACCACCACCGCCCAAGGGGGACCUUCGGCGCUACCGCCGGCUCCUCCCGCCGCCCCUUCGCCCGACGAACGCCUCUCGCCGACGCCGUCGCCCACCGGUUCUCUGCAGGACGACGAACCCGACGACUUCCGGAGGGCCGCCCCCCCCAAACCCUCCCCACCGGCUCCCCCGGCCCCUCCCCCUUUGGCUCCGCCUCCCGGGGAGGCCCCACGUCGGGCCAAACCCCCCAAGAAGCCCAAGAAGAAGAAGGACCCCAACGAACCCCAAAAGCCGUUGUCGGCCUACGCUCUCUUCUUCCGCGACACCCAAGCGGCCAUUAAAGGGCAAAACCCCAACGCCACCUUCGGAGAGGUCUCCAAGAUCGUGGCUUCCAUGUGGGACAGCCUCGGGGAGGAGCAGAAGCAGGUCUAUAAGAGGAAGACGGAAGCGGCCAAGAAGGAAUAUCUGAAGGCGUUGGACGCCUAUCGCGCCAUCUUGACUUCAACAGAGCAACCGGAGCCCGAAACGAGUCCAACUCCUCCACCGCCAUCUUCUUCAUCUUCUCCACCUCCAUCUUCUUCUUCUUCCUCUCCGGAUCCUCCUCCUCCUCCUCCUCCCACGGCAGUAGCCCCCCCAAAUCCUUCGGUAGCCCCUCCAAACCCUCCGGUAGCUCCUCUCAACCCUUCCGUCGUUCCUCCUCCUCCUUCCAUCACGAAAAUCAUUAUCCCCAAACAAAUGCUUCCAUCUUCGUUAGCCGUAACGUCUCAAGGAGGCGUCGUUACCGUCAUUCCCGCUACCGUCGUUACCGGCAACGCCGGGAAUACCGCUCCUCUCCCCGGAGGAGCCCCCCCAAUCCAUUUAACCCCCCGGCAAACCACUCAAAUCGUCACUCGUUCCGUCCUCCAAGCGGCCGCCUCGCAACUCCCUCGCUUACAACCCCCUCCUCUCCAACAAAUGCCCCCCCCGCAACCUUUACCGCCCCCCCAAAACGCCCCCCAAGCCGUCCUCCAACCGCCGCCUCCGUUACAAGCCAUGCAGCCCCCCCAAAACCCCCCCAACCCCCCCAAAAUCCGUUUGGCUUUACCGCCUCAACAACCGCCUCCUCCGCUUCAAAUUAAAAUCCUUCCCCCCCCCACCGCCGCCAUUCAAAUCCAAACCCUUCGGUUACCCACCGAGGAUAUCGGGGGGGCGGCGGGGAACCCCCAAAACGCUGUGGCCGCCGCCGCCGCCGCCGCUUCGGCCACUGCUCCGUUGCCUCAAUUGACCGCGGGAGCCACUUCGCCCGAAGCCGUCGAGAUGAUCGCGGGGGACGUGGUCCCCGAGGUGGAUUCUCCGCCGCAGUUGGCGGUGGAAUUGGUGGCCGAAUCGCCCGGAGGAGGCGAUCCGGACUCUCCCGGUCCGCGUUGUAUCCGCGCCGGCUGCAGCAACGCUCCGGUGGCGAGCGGCGAUUGGGACGAGGAAUACUGCAGCAGCGAAUGCCUCAUCAAACACUGCCGGGACGUUUUUCUCGCCUGGAUCGCCGCCCGCAACGCCGGAAACAGCGUCGUCUUCGUCAAAUAAACUCCUCCAGGGGUGGAUUUUGGGGGUUCUCCCUCAACUUUGGGGUCCCCCCUCAACUUUGGGGUCCCCCCCCCGGGGGAAUUUGGGGUCCCUUAUUCUGGUUUUUAGCAGGAAAUGCCUCGGAUUUCCAUUUGCGCGUCCGGAAUUAAAGGUUUUUGCCUCCGCUCCGAUGCGUUCGGGCACCAAAAAUCCCUCCCUGCACCCCAAAAAACGGACUCUGCGCCCCAAAAAUCCCUCAUCACCCCCAAAAUGAGCACUUUGACCCCAAAAAUGGGCACUUUGACCCCAAAAAUGGACACUUUGACCCCCAAAAAUGCACUCUGCACCCCAAAAUCACACAUUCAGACCCCCAAAAUUGGUGUUUUCACCCCAAAAAUAGCCCUCAACCCCCCAAAUUCGGUCCUUGGAGCCCCAAAAUUGGAGCUUGGAGCCCAAAACGUAUAAAAUUCGGUGUUUGGACCCCAAAAUUUGGUGGUUUUCCCCCAAAAAAUUGAUAUAAAGAUCCCCAAAAUUAAGACCUGGACCCAAAAUAUCCCUCUUGGAUCCUCAAAUUCCCCCCUUGGAUCCCAAAAAUUGGCAUUUGGACCCCAAAAAUCGGUGCCUACACCCCAAAAAUCGGCAUUUGGACCCAAAAUUGCCCUUUUUUAUCCCCCAAAUCUUUCCCGAACCCCCAAAUCCCCCAUUUUUUUUUUGUUUUCAAACUCAUUAAAGCUCCAAUUCAGA